AUGCCCGCGUCUGCCACACCCGUGCCGAUGCCGCAGCCCGUGCGAGAGUCCGCGAGCGCGCACUCGCACGAUGAUGCGGCAGCGACCGCCGACGACGGCGGCGAGGCCGGGCAUGCCUUCAACGAGCAGACCAACUACGUGCCUCGGCGCCAGAUCAUCCAGAUCUUCCUCACCCUCUCCGCCGCCACCGCCUGCGCGCUCAUCGACCAGAGCACGCUCGCCGUCGCCAUCCCCACCAUCUCCUCGGCGCUCGGCAGCGGCACGCAGAGCGCGUGGAUCAGCAGCGCCUACUUUCUCACGAGCACGAGCUUCCAGCUGCUCUACGGCCGCAUCUCCGACAUUGUCGGGCGCAAGCACUGCCUGCUGGCCUGCAUCGUCAUCUUCUUCGUCGGCUCUCUCGCCAGCUCGCUAGCGCAGACCACACUGCAGCUCGCCAUCUUCCGUGCCAUCACCGGCAUCGGCGGCGGCGGCUUCAUCACGCUUGGGCAAGUCGUCAUCUCCGACGUCGUCUCGCUGCGGCAGCGCGGCACAUACCAGGGCAUCCUCGGCGCCAUGGUGGCGCUGUGCAACGGCAUCGGCCCCGUCAUCGGCGGCGCGCUGGCCAGCCAGGCAUCUUGGCGCGACAUCUUCCGCCUCAUGCUGCCACUCUCGGCAUGCGCCUUCGUGUGUGUCUACCUCUUCCUGCCGCUCAAGAAGGUGCAUGGCAGCGCGAUGGAGAAGAUCAAGGCCAUCGACUGGGUCGGCGCCGUGCUCACACUCUGCUCGAGCGUGCUCAUCGUGCUGGGCCUCACGUGGGGCGGCGGCGAGCAUGCCUGGGACUCAGCAUACGUCCUCGUGCCGCUGCUGCUUGGCGUGGCAAUCGGCGUGCUCUUCUGCCUGUGGGAGUGGAAAGGCACCCCACUGCCGCUGAUGCCGCUGCGCCUCUUCCACAAGCGCAUCGUCGUCGGAGGCCUCAUCACGCAGUUCAUCAAUGGCUGGGUGUUCCUCGUGCAGAUCUUCUACAUCACGCAGUUCUACCAGCUCGUCUUUGGCCACAGCGCCAUCGUGAGCGGCGCGCUCCUUAUCCCCGUCACAGUGAUGCAGACCGUCGCUUCCACGGCCUCCGGCGCCGUGCUGAGCUGGACGGGCAUGUAUCGCUGGAGCCUGCUCUUUGGCUGGACGACAUGGACCGUCGCCAUGGGCCUCUUCUCGACGCUCAAGGAGGGCGACGGGCUCGGCAAGCAGGUCGGCUACGGCAUCCUCGCCGGCGUCGGCGUCGGCAAUACGCUCAGCGUCUCGCUUGUGGCGAUGCAGGGCGCCGUCGAGCGCAAGGACCAGGCCGUGGCGACUGCAGCGCGCUCCUUCUUCCGCUACCUCGGCGGCAGUCUGGGCCUGGCCGUCGCGGCCACCAUCAUCAACAACUCGGCGAACCAGUCGCUGCGUCCGCUUGGCUGGUCCAGCGAGCGCAUCAAGCUAACGCUCAACGACCCGAGCGUCCUUCUGCUCUCCACUUCGCCAGCAGACGCCGCCGACCUGCGGGACUUGCGCGAGGCCUACCGCACCGGCUUCCAGCGCAACUUCUGGCUGCUGGCGGCGCUGACGGCGUGCGCGUUCGGCGUCACGUUCGUGCUGAUGCCGCAGCGCAGCGUGGACCGCAAGGACGACCAGGAGCUGCGCGACAAGGCCAAGCUCGAGCUCGAGGAGAAGAAGGAGCGCAAGCGGGCCAAGCGUGCUGGAGGCGCCGAGACGCCGGCGCACCACACGGCGAGCACGAGUGAUGAGCCCGCCUCGCUCCAUGAGCUACAUCAGCAUGAUCGCAGCAGCAGCGCCGACUCGGACCAACACCACGCCGAGCUGGAGAAGGCCCUGCAUGCGGCCGAGGCCAGUGCGGCGCUGGCGCCCGAGGUGGGCCUCCCGCCACCAGAGCUAGACGAGAAAGGCAGCGAGGACCGGAAGAGCACAAAUGUGCCAUAG